AUGCGACAUGCGAGCAGCCGGCGCAUGGGCCGUCGUCUCGCCUCGGAGUUGGAGCCCGUUCUCCAACUCUGCCUGUUCUUUUCUUUCUCUCCUUUUCCUCUGUCUCUGUCCCUUUUUGCAUCUGUCUCACCCUUUGCCGCUGUGUCUGCGUGUAAGGUCAAAAUUUGUUUUGCUCUUUUCUCAUUCUUUCUUUGUCACUCUCUUCACUCUUUUUUGCCUGGCAGGAAGAGUUUCUCGGCAUUCAUCGCAGUGCCAAAAUGAGGUCCAUUGAGCCGUCUUCAGGAGGUGCAGCUCCUGAAGCCCUCGGUCAGGAACUCGAUCAGACUCAGUCUCUGACCUUGCCGUUCGGCCGCCUGAUCCCCUUCUCUUCGAUUGGUGGCCCAACAUAUGUGACAGCGCAGACUCUGAUCCAGCAUGUUGCUUACACGCUAUCUGACAAGCUCUUCGCCUACUCCCCGGAAACCUUCGACCUCGACAUUGCCGUCAGACACUGGUCCUCCCAGUCCGAACCAAAUGCAAACGGUUAUCCUACAGCCGUGCAGACCAUGGAAACACGACAGGGUGCUGGAUCUAUUGCCCUCGGGUAUCUAUUCUCCAAAGACUUUGAUCUUAAGAAGCGCCACAUCCCCCAGGCCAUAGUCGCAUCUUCUGCUACCUUACAGUACAUGCGGCCGGCGUUGGAGCAGCUCUCCCUCCUUUACUCGGUAGCAAACCCGCUUGUUGCUCAUGUGGCUGCUGCUGAUUACGUCGGUGGACCUUCCGGAGGACUCGUGUCGGAUUAUUCCACCGCCAUGGGACUGACGGAGGAGCUGGGUAUGGCCCUGGUCACAAGUCAGUCGGUCCACGAGUCACAACAUAUGGCCCUUUUCUCGACUCUUCUCGCAACCUAUCUCCCAACAAUCCAUAUUUACGAUGGGCUUCGUGUCGGCAGGGAAACGACCAGAGUGCUCGACGUCCUUGAUCGAUCCGGGCUCCACAACGCAUACAGAUCUGCUCUCGCAGGGCUGUCUGGGUCCGACCAAAAGCACCUCGACACUCAUGGCAAGCUGCUGAAUUUGUUGAAAUCUUUCAACAGAGAGCUUGGCACGGACUACGCCCCUUUUGAAUAUUAUGGACACGCAGAGGCGACCUCUGUUCUCGUGGCCUUCGGUACUGUCGAAUGUUCUUUGGCUAAGCAGGUUGCUAUUGCUCUAUCGAAGAGCGAUGGCCGUGUUGGUGUUGUAAACGUACGCAUCUACCGUCCAUUCUUCGAGGAGGAAUUUGCUAGGGUACUACCAAAGACGACCAAGAUUGUCGGUGUUCUUGGCCAGGUUCAAAACGACUUGGCCGUUCAGGAAGAUGGCGUGCAUGCCCCCCUUUAUGAAGAUGUGCUAGCCGCAUUGAUGUUCAGCGGCGGAAUUAGUUCUCGAGUAGAAUGUACCGAGAUUAAAUACUCACCUCGCCAGAUUUGGGACAGAGGUCUCAUCACUGAGGCAUUCCAGAAAAUUGUCGGACAUCAGCUCGAGAGAGCAAGAGGAGUUGGAGCCGAUGGCGUACGAUUGCUUGACCCUUUGACCAAGCAAUAUACUUUUUGGGACGUCGAUGACUCCUUCUCGAGCACUGCUGCACUUGUCCUUGGCCAAGCCCUUGCUAAAGACUCAGUCUUCAAUGUUUCCGCCCAUACCGUGUACGAUAACCUGACACUGGGAGGAACCAUUCGUACUGACAUUCGGAAAAGUGCAAAGGUCAUUGAUGCUCCCUACUCCGUGGACUCUGCGGACGUCUCUUACGUUGGAAAUAUCAAACUGCUGUCAGAAAUACAAGUUCUAAAAAGCGUCAAACCCGGUGGGCGUGUGAUUGUCAAUGCUCCGGGCGUCAAGGUUGAUGACCUUGAAAAGAAACUACCCACAGAAUUUAAAGCGGCUAUUGCAUCGCAAGCAAUUGAGUUGUUCAUUUUGGAUACGUCGGACUGCCAGGAUCCCAGCCUUGACCCCUUGAUUUUGCAGAUUGCCUUUUUGCGUAUUGCGCUCCCUGAUCUUGAGCUCGUUGGUGUGAAAAAACUAUCUCUUCUUCUAAACAAGGAAACAAUCGUCGACAAGGCUUCCUCAAUUAUCGAGAGUAUGCUCCGAAAGAUCGAAAUACCUCAGUCAUGGAAAGGUGUCGGAGAAACCGCAUCUGAAAUCGAACAGCUCGCAACCGAUAUUCGAGGUACGAGCUUUGCACCAUUUAACAAGGCUGAGGACGAACCAUCUUCCGAAUUUAACGACUGGCAGCCCGUUGCGAAGGGCCUUGCUUUCAAAGAAGCUUAUGGAGCAAUAAAUGCGCUACGACCAGACCUGCCAACCAAAACGUAUACCGUUACCGUUCAAGAAAACCGUAGGCUUACGCCUGCCACUUACAAUCGAAAUAUCUUCCAUAUCGAGUUUGACCUUGGAGAGUCUGGCCUCAAGUACGAUAUUGGCGAAGCCCUUGGAAUUCAUGCUGAGAACGAUCCUGAAAACGUCAGUGACUUUAUCAAGUUCUACAACCUGAACGCCGACGAAAUUGUUCAAGUUCCGUCCCGAGAGGACCCAGAAGCUCUGGAAAACCGGACUGUCUACCAGGCCCUCACACACAAUAUCGAUAUCUUCGGAAAACCUCCUAAGCGCUUUUAUGAAUCUUUGGCUGAGUUUGCGACUGAUGUGAAAGAGAAAGAGCAACUACUGAAGCUCGGAGGAGCGGAUGGUGCGGAGGAAUUUAAACAGAGGUCUGAAGUGGAUACCGUCACCUAUGCCGAUAUUCUCCAUGAAUUCCCGUCUGCUCACCCGAGCUUCCACAAUCUCAUUAAAAUUGUUAACCCUAUGAAGCGGCGAGAAUAUUCAAUUGCUUCUUGCCAGAAGGUCACGCCAAAUUCCGUUACGUUGAUGAUUGUCGUUGUUGACUGGGUUGAUCCGAGAGGCAGAACACGCUAUGGACAGGCUUCCCACUAUUUGAGCAAAUUAAAACCUGGUACCACCGUCACAGUCAGUGUGAAGGCGAGCGUAAUGAAACUGCCACCGAAAUCCACGCAACCAAUCAUCAUGGCUGGUCUUGGAACUGGUUUGGCUCCAUUCCGCGCCUUUGUCCAGCAUCGUGCCCUCGAAAAAGCCCAAGGCAAAGAUGUCGGGGCUGUUCUUUUAUACAUGGGUUCACGUCACCAACGAGAAGAAUACUGCUAUGGAGAAGAGUGGGAAGCCUACCAGGCUGCCGGAGUCAUCACUUUACUUGGCAGGGCAUUCUCCCGUGACCAACCCCACAAGAUCUACAUUCAGGAUCGGAUGCGUGAGACUCUACCUGAAAUUACGCGGGCAUAUCUUGAGGAAGAAGGUGCUUUCUAUCUUUGCGGUCCGACAUGGCCUGUUCCUGAUGUGACGAACGUUUUGGAAGAGGCCAUCGCCAUCCAUGCCAAGGCGAAUGGCAAGAAGGUGGACACUAAGAAAGAGAUUGAGAAGCUCAAGGACGACUUGAGAUAUGUUCUAGAAGUUUAUUAG